UAGGCUUGUUCAGUACGAAUCAGUAUCAGAUCCAAAGAAAAAUAAAAUUUAUAAAAAUAUAUUUCUACGCACAGCAAUCAGUAGAAUCAUAAAUUAACUGUGUUUAUCUUCUUGAAGUCGUUAUGCAUCCACAUUUGACUACCAAAAUAGAUGACGAUAGCAUUGAACUGUUCAUACGUGAGAAUGGAAUUACCAAUGGCGGGAAAAGACUUGGUAGAAAAACGCGAUCUUCCGACAGCAAAUUACUGGAAAAUAUACUCAUAGAAAACCUUAAUGAAUCAAGCUCUACAUUAUCAACAGCUUUGAUUAAUGCGCAACUAAAAGAAGUUUCUAAUGGACCUGCAAGAAAACAGAAAAAUAUCGUCAAUAAGGGAAAAGUUAUUCUGUCUACACACAACAUAGAAUUAAAUAUCAACAAAACUGCAAUCAAGUCUGCUCGUUGCAAUGACUGCGACAAAUCUAAGACUAAAUGUCCACAAAUCUACGCAUUUCUUGUAUGGUUGCAAAUGAAGCAGGAAGAGGUAUUGCAAGAAAUGGAAAACCAAAAUUUUAUGCAGAAAAAAGUUAAAAACGAAUCUAACGUAGAUAACGUGCUGAAACCUGCUAAUAUUUUUCCCGAACAAGAAGAAAUUAAACCGUUAGCCAAAAUAAAGAAAGAGGUGCUUCAAGUGUCAGCGGUAGAAUUGAAAUCCGCCAUGAGUUUGUCAAUGUUCAACUUGAUUCGGGAAUAUUCAACCAAUGACCCUGAUGAAUUUCUGCGUUAUUGUACUGAACGAAUGCAAAAGGAAAAUUGUUCCAAUGCUCAAAUUUUGACUGUUGAACAAGCGGACACUGAUCUUUGGCAUGAAUUGAGAAAAGGUCGAAUCACUGCAUCUAGAAUCCACGAAGCCUCUCGAUGCACCAUGCUGAAAGGUUCACUCACUAACAAAAUAAUGGGAAUUAGUUCGGGAUUUUCAUUUGCUAUGAAGCGAGGUACUGAUUUGGAAGGUCAUGUGUUUGCAGUAUUAAAGAAACAAUACCCGUCUCUGCGUGAGACUGGUUUGGUUCUCGAUCCUCAAUUUCCCUGGAUGGGAGCUUCUCCCGACGGAAUCAGUGAUGAUUUUGUAUUGGAGAUCAAGUGUCCGUACACUCCGAAAACGUACGAAUGCUAUAUCGAUGUGAAGAAACUGUCGAAGAAGUAUUUCGCACAAAUACAACUGCAGAUGCACAUGACGCAUAAGACGAAAGCACUGCUCGGCGUAGCAGCGCUAGAUUUCGAAAGAACUCGUAACGUUACGCAAGUAUGGAUCGAAUACGAUCGGGAGUAUGUUGCUAACGUGAUGAAAGAAGCCUUUGAGUACUGGCGAAAAGGCAUUUUUCCUGCGCUGUUAAGAAAGCGCAAAUCCAAGAAAUGAAAAUUUAACUGAACUAGUUCGAUAUUAACUUAAUCCUAACCGUUUAAACUGAACUGACGAAAUGGAAAUGAAUUAGUACGAUAAGUUGGGUACAACCAACAAGCACAUUUGUUUUUUGACUAUCCUGUUAUGCGAUAUAUCUAAAAUCUCAUGUUAUUAGUUCUUAAUUGUUAAACUGAAUUCGUUUAUUUGAAUUGAAAUUCAGAGUUUGUUGCAGUGUGCCCGACGGCAAGUUAGUUUUUUGGAGGAUUUUCUAAUUAGGACGUGAAGCGUGCUGACACAAUGUGUAUCUCAUACUUGAAUGAACAAUAAA